AAUAAUGGCGUCGAAGAUCAUUUUUGUCAAAAAAAAAAAAACAUACAUGUGAGACCAGUGGCAGUAGAGAAAAUUAUUCAGGGAGCAAACAUACGGUGGCCAGAUCAAGUCAUUGGACUGUGCUCCGGCGUCGCUGAGAUUACAGGGAGGACUCAACCGCUGGAUUUUCGACUUUUAUGUUUUCUGCAGCUUCACUCAGAGGAGCAAGACAUGUCUUUUCCUGCACAUUCAAUAGAGAUAGACUAUCCUGGUUAUACUGUCUAGUUCAAGAUGUUGCAACCAUUGCACCAACUCCAACUGCAACUUCAUAUUUUCAGUCUUUCACCCCUCAUAAGUGUAUACAGCCAAGAGCUUAUGGGACACCGAGGCAUCUUUCGAGGGUGUUAGUACGGAGAUCAAAUAUCAUAGGAAGACAUGGUCUUCUGGGAAACUGGCUAACUGCCAGAUACAUUAGCAAUGCAUCAGUUGAACUGAAGACUGGCAACGGUGUUGUCCGAUUCUCUCUGGAUAAGCAUGAUGGUGUUAAUUCUACUACGAAUGGUCCGCCGAAAAAAAUAAAAAAGUCUAAAAAGGCUAAAGUUAAUGAACUCAGAUUCUAUCGUUUGAAGGCAAAGAAAAAGAUGAAUUCUCCAAAUCCAGAAGUUAGAAUUCGAUAUAAGCUUGAAAAGGCCAAGCGAAAGGAAGUAUGGUUGAUUGAAAAGCUAAGGAAAUUUGAUAUACCAAAACCCCCAGCAGAAACAUUUGAUCCUGAAAUUUUAACUGAGGAGGAGAGACAUUACCUGAAGCGCACUGGUGAGAAAAAGAAACACUAUGUUCCAGUUGGGAGACGUGGAGUGUUUGGUGGGGUAGUUCUAAACAUGCAUCUUCACUGGAAGAAUCAUGAGACUGUAAAGGUUAUCUGCAAACCUUGCAAACCGGGGCAAAUUCAUGAAUAUGCUGAGGAGCUUGCUCGGCUGAGUAAAGGCAUUGUGAUUGACACCAAGCCCAAUAAUAUUAUCAUCUUUUAUCGUGGAAAGAACUAUGUACAGCCAAAAGUAAUGUCUCCUCCAGAUACAUUAUCGAAAGCGAAGGCGAUGGAGAAAUAUAGGUAUGAGCAGUCCCUUGAGCAUACGAGCCAGUUCAUCGAGAGGUUGGAGAAAGAGCUCGAAGAGUAUCAUCAGCACGUUGCAAAGUUCAAACAAGGGAAAGAGGAUACAAAGAUGUUAGGAUCGGUACAUUAGUAUCUUAUUCACAAUUGAUAUAAGUGAUGCUUAAUUUAGAACUUAACAUGUCAUAAGAAAAUUCGUUUUCUUGCUUCUUUCUGUCUGUAACAAUUUCAUGAAUUACACAAUCUGUGGUGGAAUGUCAAUCAUCACACGGAUUCUAUUCCAAGAUCUUAUUCAGUACUUGGGAUACCCAUGAUUGAAGAUGGAUUGCUCGAAUCCAUUCCCCGGAUUUGCUGAAACAAAGUUUGACAAAUGACAUGACUUAGUUUGUAAAUGAUUUCGUAUGGCCUUCACGGCGGAAUUUUAGAUUGUGAUAUUGCAUUUAUGGUAGGUGAAUGGUGUUACUAUCAGUGUUACAUUU